UUUACCUUCCUUGCUUUUGCUGGGAGGGAGAUGGAUAUUUAGAGGGUAUCUGUCCUCAUCUCUAUCUUUUGCCCUCCUAAAAGUUUUUCUUCUUUCAGAAUGCGUAUCUCUCCUCCGUAGACCAUUUGAUGGUUCUCACUCCAGUCUUACUUUCUGGUUUAGCAAGUGGGAUUACAUUCAUAUCACACCUUAAAAAAAAAAAUUACCGCCUAGAAAACUACCCCACAGAAUUGUUCUCUCCCACCCAAGAAGGGCCGGUAGACUUUGGAGUUAAGAUGCAGGGGGGAGAAUCAUUGUCAACCAUGAAAGUCUCAGAGAGCGAAGGAAGGCUGGAUGCCCUGGUCGCAGCGGUGACCCCGAACAAGAACAGCAGCAACAGCAGCUGUGGUGGUGGAAUCAGCAGCAGUAGCAGCAGCAGUAGCCGCGGUGGCAGUGCAAAAGGCUGGCAGUACAGUGAUCACAUGGAAAAUGUCUAUGGCUAUUUAAUGAAGUACACCAACCUUGUCACCGGGUGGCAGUACAGGUUUUUUGUUUUAAACAAUGAAGCUGGAUUAUUGGAGUACUUUGUAAAUGAACAGUCUAGAAAUCAAAAACCCAGAGGCACUUUGCAGCUUGCGGGAGCUGUAAUAUCACCCAGUGACGAGGACUCUCACACCUUUACUGUUAACGCUGCCAGUGGAGAACAGUAUAAACUCAGAGCCACAGAUGCUAAAGAGCGACAGCAUUGGGUUAGCAGACUUCAGAUAUGUACACAGCAUCAUACUGAAGCUAUUGGAAAGAAUAAUCCUCCUCUGAAGUCACGGAGCUUCUCACUUGCAUCUAGUGGCAAUUCUCCGAUAUCCCAGAGGAGACCAAGCCAAAAUGCCAUUUCUUUUUUUAAUGUUGGACAUUCCAAACUACAGUCCAUGAACAAAAGAGCUCACUUACCUCCAGACCAUCUUGUGGAAGUCAGAGAAAUGAUGUCUCACGCCGAAGGACAACAGAGAGACUUAAUUAGACGAAUUGAAUGCCUUCCUGCUUCUGGCCAUCUUAGUUCCUUGGACCAGGAUCUCUUAAUGCUCAAAGCAACUUCCAUGGCAACUAUGAACUGCUUGAAUGACUGUUUUCAUAUUCUUCAGUUACAGCAUGCAUCACAUCAGAAGGGCUCAUUGCCUUCAGGAACGACAAUCGAGUGGUUAGAACCAAAGAUACCUUUAUCAAACCACUAUAAAAAUGCAGCUGAACAGCCCUUUGCAGCUGAGCAGAGUAAACCAGUGGCAGUCCCAGAAGAGCAGUCUGUUGCAGAAUCUGGACUAUUAGCAAGGGAACCUGAAGAGAUAAAUGCAGAUGAUGAGGUGGAGGACACGUGUGAUAACAAGGAGGAUGACUUGGGAGCUGUGGAGGAGCAGCGCAGUGUUAUCCUGCAUCUCUUGUCACAGCUCAAGCUGGGCAUGGAUUUAACAAGAGUGGUGCUUCCUACAUUUAUCCUAGAGAAGCGUUCCUUGCUGGAAAUGUAUGCAGACUUUAUGUCUCAUCCAGACCUAUUUAUAGCCAUCACUAAUGGAGCCACAGCUGAGGACAGAAUGAUGCGUUUUGUUGAGUACUACCUUACCUCAUUUCAUGAAGGCCGUAAGGGAGCCAUUGCUAAGAAACCGUACAAUCCUAUCAUUGGAGAAACAUUUCACUGUUCCUGGAGGAUGCCGAAAAGUGAGGUAGCAUCCAGUGUUAUUAGCAGCUCUUCUACCCAGGCAAUCACAAAUCAGGCUCCUCUAUUGGAGGAAUCUUUGAGCCAGGUAGGAUCAGACUGUUACACAGUCAGAUUUGUGGCUGAGCAGGUUUCCCAUCAUCCUCCGGUCUCAGGAUUUUAUGCAGAAUGCGCAGAGAGGAAGAUGUGUGUAAAUGCACAUGUCUGGACUAAGAGCAAAUUUCUAGGCAUGUCAAUAGGCGUGACAAUGGUUGGAGAAGGUGUCCUCAGUCUGUUGGAACAUGGAGAAGAGUAUACAUUCUCUCUACCUUGUGCAUAUGCCCGGUCAAUUUUAACUGUUCCUUGGGUAGAGCUGGGUGGCAAAGUCAGUGUCAACUGUGCAAAGACUGGGUAUUCAGCCAGCAUCACUUUUCAUACUAAGCCAUUUUAUGGUGGCAAACUGCACCGGGUGACAGCUGAAGUAAAGCACAACAUCACCAACACUGUGGUAUGCAGAGUACAAGGGGAAUGGAAUAGUGUUCUGGAGUUCACUUACAGCAGUGGAGAGACAAAGUAUGUGGACUUGACUAAAUUGACAGUGACAAAGAAGAGAGUAAGACCUCUGGAGAAGCAGGAUCCAUUUGAAUCCAGACGAUUAUGGAAGAAUGUGACAGAUUCUCUGAGGGACUCUGAAAUUGAUAAGGCUACAGAGCACAAACGUACCCUGGAAGAGUGCCAGAGGACUGAGGAGAGGCAUCGGACCGAGACAGGUACACCCUGGAAAACCAAGUAUUUUAUUAAAGAGGGAGAUGGCUGGAUUUAUUACAAACCCCUUUGGAAAACAAUUUCAGCAACACAACCAGCAGAGUGACACGCUCUGUGUAAGACUCACCCGAACGAGGUUCUUCUCGUUUACCCUUUACCCUCUCAGAAUGGAGUCACUGCACUGCAAAACCUGCUUACUGACUGCACAGACUGAAACUAGCUAAAAACGAAGGUACCUACUAGGGCACUGCAGGACUGCAGUAAGACCAAAGUGUGGACAAAACACAAUGGACCUCUCACCAACUUGUUUCAAGUGAUGUGAGCAAUAUCAUCUUAAAAGUUUUUUACCUGAAUUACUAGGUGAUUAAUCUUUUAUCCAGUUCCUGCUCCUAAAGCUAAGUUUGAACCCCCUGUUUUUGCACAGGGCAGCAGAUACACACAACAGUGAGAACUUGGUGAUUUUUAAUUCUUUCUUUAAAGUAAAGUGAAAUGGAGUCUUUCAGAGUGUGUGCUUUGCUUUCUGUCAGUAACUGAAGUAUUCACUACUCUUACAAACAGACCAAGAGGAGGAGGAAGAUGCCCCAGAAGUGGAUUCAGCCAUUGUGCCUGAGAUCAGUGUUAAAAAUCGACCAGACUGUAGUAACAAGGCAUUCUGUUCGUUCGUAAAGACUGUGCGUGUGUCUGAGGAACUUAUCUGGUAUCCAUCUCUGUUGGAACUCUUUUAAAAAGUAUAUUUAUAAAUUGAUUAGAGUUAUAACCACAGAGAAUUUUUUCUUCUGAACAUUUUAAUAUACUUGAAAACAACAUUGACUUGAAAAUUUUCAGAACAUUUUCAAUAUCUAGUUUUAUUAAAUGUUACACUUGAGAGACAAUUUUUAAAAAUGUGUUCAUGUCAAUAUGAUGAGAUUUCAGCCUUUCUCAAGAACUAAGGCAUUAAAAGCAAAUAGUAAACAUUAAAAAAAUGAAACUUUUACUUUUUCUCUUUACCUUUUUUUUUUUCUACUUGUAGGUUAAUACCCAGUAUUAUGUGUUAUUCUCCUGGAUAAGUAUGCUUUAUCUUACCUCUGUUCACUCAAAAUUUAAAACAACUAUUCAUAUUUGUCAGUAAUUCAGAAAUGAUAUAUGCGACUGAGAGCAUGUAAGGUAUGGUUUUAUUUUCUUUUCAAAAAACAUAAAAGCUAAAGGAAGAAAUGAAAUAAAAAGCUAUCAGGAAAUUGUACUCAGGUACAAAUCUUUUUUUUUUUCCAGUAAUAUUUUACUGAGGCUGAAGAAUUGCUGGCAGUUGGAAGAAUAGUGUUAAUUAUGGCUUUCAUCAUUCAUUCAAGUAUUUAUUGAGCACCUACUUAGAGUGCUCAACAUUUGUUACUUCAAGUUACCUUAAUUUUCCAAGAGUGGUGCCUUACUGUUUCUUCUAAUAUGGUCUUCCAAUCAGUGUGUGUAAUAUACACAUGUUGUUCACCAGCCAUUGUAGGUGGCUGUGUCUGUUGCAUCAUUAUAAGUUUAAGCUUUGUGCUCUGAUAAAUUGUGUUUUAUUAAAGGAUUUAAUAGAAUGAAAACAGCAAAACAAUUUUUUCAACAAAAUGUAAACUGUAAGAAAAAGAAUUGGUUUAUGCACAACCAUUUUAAUGAUUCCCUUGUUCGUUUUUGCUGUGAAAUGCACUGAAGAAAAAUCUCUAAAUGAGUCAUACAUAGUUCAUGUGUUGGAAAACUGAAAAAUAAUAAAACUAGAGAACA